AUGGACAGCAAUUCGAGUCAUUGGAUGCAACAUACAAGUUCUACAAUGAUUAUGCAUUUAAGGCUGGAUUUAGUGUUAGGAAAAAGUAAGGAGACGAAGAGGAAGGAAAUAGUAUAUUGGAAACAAUAUGUUUGUUCUAAAGAAGGGGAAACUGAUGAGACAUGGAGAAAAACAAAUGAAAUUGAGGAAAGAGAUCGAGGGAAGACUCGAACAUGGUGCAAUGCAAAAUUAACCGUAUGUAAUGAUGGAAGUAAUUAUGUGGUCAAGACUUUCAAUGAGGAACACAACCAUCCCCCAACAACACCAAGCAAAGUUCAUUUGUUAAGAUCACAGCGUACUGUGUCUACUGCAAAAAAGAAUCUGAUACAAGACUUGAGGCGGGUGGACAUUCCUAUAUACCAGCAAUUUGAAUUAUUCCAGACACAAGCUGGUGGGCAUGCAAAUGUUUGCUGCACUGAGAGAGAUUUAAGAAAUGUGGUGCGAGAUGAGAGAGAAGAAGUCAAGGGUCAUGAUGUUGACAUUUUAUAUGAGCACUUCAAAGCUGAGCAAGAGAAGGAUCCAGAUUUCUUUUUUGAAUUUUAUACGGAUGAAGAAAACAGGCUUCUCAGAUGUUUCUGGAUUGAUUCAAUUGGAAAAAAAUCAUAUACAUAUUUUGGUGAUGUGGUUGUAUUUGAUACAACAUACAACACUAAUCGUUAUAAGAUGAUUUUUGCUCCAAUAGUAGCAAUGCCUAAAAGUGCCCCGAAUGUUAUUAUCACCGAUCAAGAUCAAGCAAUAAGUAAGGCAAUUGCUCAUGUUUUGCCAAACACAAUUCACAGGUAUUGUGUGUGGCAUAUUCUAAAGAAAUUUCCGGAGAAGACUAACGUAGCUUUUAUGCAAGAUUACUAUGAACUUUUCAAGACAUGUAUAUGGGAUUCGGAGUGUCCAGAAGAAUUUGAAAAGAGAUGGUUUGAAGCAUUGGAAAAAAGUGAGCAAACAAAUAAUGAAUGGUUAGAAAAGAUGUAUGAACUGCGUGGCAGGUGGAUUCCAGCAUAUGUAAAUAAAUACUUUUCAGCAGGGAUGUCAAGCAGCUAA